UGUCCCCGAAAAGAUACACCCCACAGUUGGCACAUGCCUCGGUGCCCGUCCUUGCGGUUUCUUCUAGCCCCAAAUUCAAGAAGAGGAGGAGGAGGAGGAGCACUGAGGCUUCUAGAAACUUCAGGCAGGGACGUCCUGUCCGAGGCGGUAGGCAUGUGGGGGCGGCACUAUUGGGGCGGCCGGCGGCCGAGCGGCGGCGCCGCGGGUGCGGAGGCCGGCGGCGGCGUGGUGGUGAUGUUCGCGUGGUUGUCGAGUAAGGAGCGGCACGUGCGGGCGUACGUGGACCUGUACGCGGCCCUUGGGUGGGCGUGCCUCGUCUGCCACUCCGACUUCAUCACCCUGUUUAUGCCGGAGAAGGCUGCUGUGCUUGCUGACCGAGUGCUCACGGAGCUAGUUAAGGAACUGAAGAUUAGAUCAGUACCUGUUGUGUUUGCAUCCUUUUCGGGAGGACCAAAAGGUUGCACAUACAAGGUUCUUCAGCUGAUCGAGAGAAGGUGCAAAGGACAGCUGAGUUUGGAUGACUAUCAACUUGUACGGGACUGCUUAUGUGGACAAAUAUAUGAUUCGAGCCCUGUAGAUUUUGUGAGUGAUUUAGGCACCCGCUUUCUCCUUCACCCAAGUGUCCUGAAGAUGCCUGAACCUCCACGUGUCUUAUCAUGGAUGACUAGAGGCAUUGCCUCGGGUUUAGACACUCUUUUCAUUGGCAAGUUUGAAGCACAACGCAAAGAAUAUUGGGAGACACUAUACUCAUCAGUGCAUGUUGGCCCAAUACUCAUAUUCUGUUCAGAGGAUGAUGAACUUGCUCCAUGUUCAAUGGUUCAAAAUUUUGGACGGCGUCUUCUGGAGCUGGGUGGUGAUAUGAAUUUAGUUAAAUGGCACAGUUCUCCGCAUGACAUUACAAGCAUCACUCCGAGGAAUACCGAGCUGCAGUGACUAAGCUGCUCAUGAAGGCUUCAGCGCUUUACACAAGCAGAAAACGACUCAAUGACUACAGUGUCGGCACGAGUACGUACAGUGACACACCUUAUUCGUCUCGCAAUGUACAUAAGACUGCUGAGAGCUCCAGUGAUAGGCUAGGGAGGGUUUCAGCUGAUCCAGCCGAUCAUUUCUUCUUACCGAGUUCCAUGGAGUACCACGAAAGCAGCAAUGAAGUGCUAAAACCCGAGUUGUUCAACAUGCCGAGUGUUGAAAGCACGAAGAACCCUGAUGGCGUGUUGGGGAAGAUGCUCUAUGAUGUAUGUGUCCCAAAGAACGUGGAAGGCUGGGACUUCAAGCUUGCAUCAAUAGAUGGGCAGCUUAUGCAUUUUACUGCUCGUCAGCAUGGUACUUUCAAUCCAACAAAAUGUAUACGCCGCUCAAGAUUGUAAUGAUUUUGACUCGACAUCUAAGUGCAUUCUAGCAGACUGCUCUAUACUCUGAGAGUACACUUCUUUGAGGAGAAUGUUAUUGUGUUGACCUUUUCUGGAAAGGCAUAGUCUGGAAAGGCAUGACAAACAAACGUUUUUUCAAGGAAAUUAUAGUUGCCGCGGCAAAUUCCUUA